AUGGUGCCUCUAGGCUUGCCAGUACAAGCGUUGCGAAGCAGUCCUCAGGUGGUCUGUGCAGCUGGCUUCUUGGUGGAAAAUCAAGCGAACUCCCUCCCCUUGAUGUUCCACUCCCAGGCAUUAGCAUUCCCUCACCUCUACCAGAUUUUGUAGAGCCAUCUAAGACAAAAGUCACUACUCUUCCAAAUGGCGUCAAGAUCGCCUCAGAGACAUCAUCGAGCCCAGCAGCAUCUGUGGGUCUGUACAUUGACUGUGGUUCCAUUUGUGAAACACCUGCUUCAUCUGGAGUAUCACAUCUGUUGGAGAGAAUGGCCUUCAAGAGCACAGUGAAUCGGACCCACUUACAGUUAGUUCGUGAGGUAGAAGCCAUUGGAGGAAAUGUCUCUGCAUCAGCUUCCCGUGAACAAAUGAGCUAUACCUAUGAUGCAUUGAAGAGCUAUACACCAGAAAUGGUUGAAGUUCUCAUUGACAGUGUGAGGAAUCCAGCAUUCCUCGAUUGGGAGGUCAAAGAGCAGCUCCAGAACAUAAAAUCUGAAAUAGCUGAUGUGUCUGCUAAUCCUCAAGGUCUACUUCUAGAGGCCCUUCAUUCGGUUGGAUAUUCCGGGGCACUGGCAAAACCUUUGAUGGCUUCAGAAUCUGCUGUAAACCGGUUGGAUGUUAGCAGCUUGGAGGAAUUUGUUGCUGAACAUUACACUGCUCCCAGGAUGGUUCUUGCAGCAUCAGGAGUUGAUCAUGAUGCGCUGAUUUCAGUUGUAGAACCACUUCUGUCUGACCUUCCGUGCGUGAAACGUCCUGAAGAGCCAAAAUAUGUAUACGUGGGAGGAGACUAUCGCUGCCAAGCAGAUUCUCCAAACACAUACAUCGCACUUGCUUUUGAGGUGCCAGGUGGUUGGAAUCAAGAGAAAACUGCAAUGGUUGUGACAGUGCUUCAGGUAUUCCUUACAACUGUUGAAAUGAUCUAA